AAUCACUCCUAGAGAUUCCAGGGUAAAUUUUCAGUCAAAAAUUGCUCUAUAUUCAAGUCAUAAAGUAUAAAAAUCACUACAAGGAGUUUGCUCUUUGCGAGUGCUCUUAGUUCUAGGGAGGAAACAGAUGGCGAUUCGAAUGGCAAUUUCCGUGGUGGUUCAAUUAAGUCCUUGAGUUUUUUUUUUAAUGUAUUUGGAUUUCUCCAACUCGACGAAUGGACUUAAAAGAGGCAGAUGCCGGGAUAGACUAACAUAGGAUGCGGGAGGAAGAAGAGUACCUAAUUGCAACGAAAACGGCGCCAUAACAACAUCACAAGAGAAAAUCAAGCAAAUCCAAGAUGACUAACUUUACGAUUCCGACCCCUAGCAGACAACAAACUGCCCUGACGUCCCGCAGCACCGCGCUCAAGGUCAUCGAAUCCACAGCCAUCCUUUUUAUAAAUUUAUUUGCGCUUGCUGGAAACGCAAUCUUAUACUGGGCUAUCCGAAGAAACUGCCGCCUUCGACAAAAUACAACGAAUUUAUUAAUUUCAUCUCUGGCUUUGGGUGAUAUACUUAUGGCCGUUCUUUGUAUGCCGUUCUCGAUAGGAGUUUUCAUUCUGGGACGGUGGAUGUUUGGCGAGUUAGUUUGUCAGCUCCAGGGAUUCGCUUUCUUCGUGUUGGCGUUUGUUUCGCAAGAAACCAUGGCCCUGAUUGCAGUAAACCGCUACCUAAACGUUACAAAACCUGUCGUUUAUCGUAGAAUCUUUACACGCAAAAGAUCUCUUAGAAUGAUCGUAUUUGUAUGGCUAGUUUGCGUGAUUUACGUAAGUAUUUUUGCCAUCCUGAAAUGGCCAGUUUUCGUCUUCGACCCCGGCAAGACUAUCUGCCACAUUAGCUUAACAGAUCACAAUUUUAAGAAUGCUUGGAAUACAAUAACAAUGGUUGUUUUUUCACUUACCCCUAUGGCAACCCUAUUUGUUUCUUACUGGCGGGUUUUGGUGUGCGUUCGUAGACACAAUACUGUAGCUUUACGCUCGCUUCGCACUGGAAGUUUGCAAAGAAGUGCCCAUGCAUUGGAAGAUAUAAAGAUUAGCAAGAUCAUUCUAGGUCUGAUAGCAGGUUAUUUCUGUUGUUGGCUCCCGGCGUACAGUAUUUCUUACGUCAAGCUAGCUUAUCCCGCUGUUUCAGACCAGCGUUUCCCCCAAACCCUCUGGGCUUUUCUGGUAUUCAGUUCUAGUGCCAUAAAUUCUGUUAUUUAUGGAAUUCUGAACAGAACAUUUCGAAUAGAAAUUCUCAAGAUAGUGAGUCGCAAAAGGGGUGUAGAUCGAGCCGUCGAAAACAACAUUACGAACUGUGUCUUGUAAAGAAAAGAAACUAUACUUUUGCCAUACUUGAAGUUAUAUGUGUCUAGCUAUUUUUAAAAACUCUCUCUCAAUUCAUUUGAUACAGACAGAGAGAGCGAGAGAACAAAAACAGCUUUAAUUGAAAUGAUAAAGAAAACCAAAGAGUUUAGUUGCGUUCAAAUGUAUUUUUAUGGUGUACAUUAGCCUAAGUUUGACAAUUCUGUUAUCAUGGAAAAUAAAUUAGAUUUGAUUUGUA